AUUGUUCAGAGCGGCCGUGUGUUGAGCCGUGUCCCUGUCCCCUGCGCGCUGCUGCUGCUGCUGCUGCUGCCUGUCUUGUGCCCGAUCGCUGGGCUGAUCCUCCAUCGAAGUGUACAACGUCGGACUCGCUCAGCCAGUGAACUAGCUCGGCGGGGAGGCCCUGGAGCCAGAGCUCUGCGUUGUCAUGGUGAGCACCGUAGUGAUGCCCAGCCCCACUCUGGCAGGAGCCGCGUCCAUGUUGAUCCAGAAGGAUACCCAGGACAGGAUGACGGUGAGCAGGCUCGGAGUCUUACAUCUCCUGCCGAGGGCACAGGCCAGCUCGCUGCCCAAGAAGCCGCCUCCAAUGAUUGUGAUGGACUUGGAGUUUCUGGAGACUUUGUCCAAAGAUUUGAAGUCAUCCACCUGGAGGAGGAGAACAGAAUGAGGCCUGGAGGAAACGCUGGUUCGUGCUCCGCAGAGGUCGCAUGAGUGGUAAUCCUGAUGUGCUGGAGUACUAUCAAAGUAAGAACUCCAAGAAACCGAUCCGCACCAUCGACCUGAAAGAGUGUGAGGUGGAAAUGCUCAACGGGCAACUCAGAGUAAAGCGAGACUUCCAUGGGAAGCACCUCUUUGUGGUGAAGACCUCAUCUCGCAUUUUUUACCUGGUGGCCAAAACUGAGGAGGAGAUGAACAGCUGGAUCAGUAACAUCAGUCAAAUUUGCCAGUUUGGGAGCCUGGAGGAUACAGAAAGCUCAGAAGAAGGCUUUCCUUACACCCCCAUCUUCCUUCAGCUGUCACCUGACAGCCCUGACCGAGCGUCUGUAUCAAGCCAACUAGAUUCUGGUCAUCCGCUGGACUACCUCUUUCUGUCACAGUGUGAGACGGGGAGAGUGAGCUUGAGUAGACAUAACAGCUUUUCAAACUCUGACAUCUCUCUGGAGCAGAAGUCAUCAGACGAUGCUGUCAAGGACAUUGUCCCCUCGCCACUUUUCACAGAUUCCUCUCUGUCCAUCUCCCAUGCCAGCCCCGGCCCCGCUCUUUUCCCUCACGGAAGGUUGAUCAACCCCCCUUUCAGUGCCCCAUGCACCUCCGUGGCUUUACCCCCGUCCUCUUCCUCCCCACUACGCCACUGUGCCACUAGUGUCUUCCAGUUUGACAGGCCGUAUUCUUCUCCCUCAUCAGAGGCAACGGGUGACAGACAAACGCCUCCUCCGCUGCCGCCCAAGCCUAAUCACCUGCCAGAGCAGCUAAGUGAUGAAGGGGCUCAUAAGGUGAGGGCAAUGAGUGUGCGGCAUUGCUUGAAGCACACCGCAUUAUUUCCCCGGAGGACGUCUCUGUCAAGCCUGGACCAUUUCAGAAUGGGAGAUGCCGAUUGCAGGUCGAUGAGGAACAGAAGGCAGAGUAUAAAUUUGCAGCCUUGUUUAAAUACCACACAAGUUCAAAGCUACCAGGAUGAGUCAUAUGUUCCCAUGGCUUCCCCUUCUCCCUCUGUUGAACCUGAUGGUUACAUCCCCAUGAGCCCAGGGACGUUCAGUUUUCUCAACACAAACUCUACUGUUGAAUCCUCCACAUCGCUCAGCUCACUGUUGUGUCAACCAGGAGAACUUGCUCCACCUCCAAUUCACCGGCACCUCAAGCCUCGCCUGAGGAAAGCUCGACCACCUCCUCUUGACUUGACAGGCCUGUCUACGAUCACAGAGUGUCCCACUCAUCUUCCUUUGAGCAGAACAAUGACUGGAUCGUGCUUUUCAAUGAACUGUUUACUGCAUGAAAGAAAACAUGAAAACGGCGACAAUCCAAGAGAUGUUGACACAAAUUGCAUUGCGACGGAGUCAAGGCAACAGUCCCAUCUCACCUCAGAUGGAGCAGUUCAACCCUGGGCGAGAAAAUCAAACCUGGACUAUUUGUCUCUGGAUUUCAACUCUGCAUCUCCUUCUCCAGUGCAGAAGAAGCCUUUUCUGUCUGAUGAGUACAGAGUGGAUUACGUUCAGGUGGAUGAGAAGAAGACCCAGGCACUGCAAAGCACCAAAAUGGAGUGGACAGAUGUCCGGCAGUCAAAGACAUGAAUGGAAAAUCACUAAUGGAAAAAAGACAUUUAUGAAGAGGACCAAAAACAACUUAAAAGCACUUUGAAAAAACAGCAACAACAUAAACAUGUACAAGGUUUUAUUGCGCAGACAAAACAGAAAUUUGCACUGAAAAAUCUGAGUUGAUUCUCACUAGGUUUUUACUGUACAUUCUGCCCCGAGCCGUUUGAAAGAGAGAGUCACGACAAUGGAAGUAAAAAAUGCUUGCACGUCACCUGAGUCAUGUAGACUUUAGAGAAUCCAUUAGUCAUAGCGACAGAACUGCGAUUUUUGGUACUUAGUCAAUAAAUGAAUCCAUUUACUGUAUAGCAGACCGACAUGCCUAUGUAGUUACUCUAUGCAGUUAGUCAAUACGUUUUUUUAAACAAAAUUGUUUUUACAAAUUUAUUUGGAUAUAAUCCACCAACAUGCUUUAAUGCUCAUGUUGAUUUGAUUCAGAUCUCCUGAUAAUAUACAAUCUUAUUAUAUUAAACGUCUUACCCUUCAUGAGUUCAACACAAAUGGUCCAUUGAUCCAUUUUGCUGCUACUCUAAUGCGCUGCUGGUCCCUUCCGGGAACUAUUGAAAGGCUCUAUGAUCCACCAUUGCUGUAAAAAAAAAAAGGGAGUUGUCGCUACUCUCUCUCUAUCAACGGCUCUGAUUCUGCCUAGUCAAGCACUGUAAUUUCUACUGUAGCAUAGAGUUUCACCAAAAUCUGAAAAGGACAUAACAUUGCUUCAUUGUAAAAUACAAAUGUUUUUUUUUUUGUAAAUUUGUGUAUAAUAGCUGUGACUGUAAAGGAGAAAAUAUUUUAAUGAUAAAGAUUUUUUUUUUUUA